UCAAUGUUGUUGUUCUUUCUCUCUUUUUUUUUUUCUUGUCACAUACGUUUGAAUGUAUUUCGUCCUUUGAACAACAAUGAAGAUUGCCAACCAUGAACAUUUGCCUUUCCGACCAGUCUCAUUAUUUUUCGGUUGAACGAAGAACGCAGCAGGCACAGCAGCAGCAGCAGCGCACUGAAAUCUGCAAAGCAUGAGCAGACUGGACGCGGCUGGAUCCAGAACGGUCUCGCCCACACACCGCGGGUCCAAACAGGACGACAACGACCGCGGAGCACUGCUCGACGGCGGCGACGGCGAUGGCGGCGGCGACGGCGGUGACACGCAGAAACUGCUGACCAAGGCGACCAGCAGCAGCAGCAGCAGCAAGCACGAUCCCUGGUCGGACCAAGUGCCGCAGUCCCGCUGGGCGCGGCUGAAGGAAUCACUCAAUCCCGGAUUCCCGCCAAGCAUCAAGUACAUCAUCUCGCAAGAGCUCGCCGAGCGGUUUUCGUACUAUGGCAUGCGCGCCAUCCUGGUGCUGUACUUUAAGGAUUUUCUCGAGUUUGGCCCGGACAGCGCCACCGCCAUGUACCACGUCUUUGUUGUCAUGGCGUACUUUACUCCGCUCCUUGGCGGCAUCAUCAGUGACAGCUGGUGGGGCAAGUACAAGACCAUCAUUGUGCUCUCGCUCAUCUACAGCUUGGGCAACAUUGUCGUCUCGGUGACGGCCAUUCCAGGCGUUACAGGCACUCCGCCGCACUGGUGGGGAGUGCUCAUCGGAUUGACUCUGAUUGCCAUUGGCACCGGUGGAAUCAAGCCGUGCGUAUCGGCGUUCGGCGGCGACCAGUUUGUGGCUGGUCAAGAGCGACAACUCAGCAUCUUCUUCUCAAUGUUCUACGCGGCAAUCAAUACGGGCAGCUUCAUGUCGAUGAUUAUCACGCCCAUGCUUCGCAGUGAUGUUCAUUGCUUUGAUCGAGACAACUGCUUCCCCCUCGCGUUUGGCGUUCCGGCAGCGCUGAUCAUUGUCGCCACGGGCAUUUUCAUUGCCGGGUCUCGCCUCUAUCGCCGCGUCCCGCCGCCCGGCAACGUGAUUGUGUCGGUUGUCUCCACAGUCAAGACCGCCCUCGUCACGCGUUUCCGCGGCAACGGUCCGCGGAAGGCCCACUGGCUUGAUUACGCAGAAGGCCAUCAUUCUCGCCAGACGAUCGAAAACACAAAAUCUCUGAUGCGCGUGCUUCUCAUCUUCUUGCCUUUGCCUGUGUUCUGGACGCUGUACGACCAGCAAGGGUCUCGGUGGACCUUGCAGGCGGAGCAGAUGAGCGGCGACCUGGGCCCGCUGGGCACACUCAAGCCUGAUCAGAUGCAAGCGGUGAACGCCGUACUGAUUCUCAUCAUGAUUCCUGUUUUCCAGAAGGUCGUCUACCCGCUGUGCGAACGUUUUGGACUGAAGCUGACUCCGCUGCGCAAGAUGGGCGCCGGAAUGAUUCUGACCGCUGUUGCCUUUGUGAUUGCCGCGUUUGUGCAAUUCGCCAUCAACGACACCCUCUUUGACCCGAGCUACUCUGGUGCGAAUGGUGCGCGCCUGACUGUGAUCAAUGGGUUUAGCCAACCACUCAAGCUCAACAUCACACAGCCAGCCCAGCCGCUCAUCUCCCUCCAAUCGCCGGCAUUUUCAAUCAAGCCGUACAUGGACGUGUACAACGGCCCAGCUACUUUCAGUGCCUUUGCCCCGAGUGCAGUGGACCCGCUCACAGGCUCCAACACGUUGAGUGAAACCUCAGUCGUUUCCAGCCACACCAUGUCGACGGUUGUGUUCUUCCCCAGCGCGGCUACCGCGGGCGCCUUUGACUUUGUCGUGACCGACGACGACCUCGAAAACCGUCUGCCAGAGCCGAGCCAAACGGCCGUUCGCCUCAUCCACGCGGCCCCUGGAGCCUUCCCCGAAGGCAUCUCUCUCGUGCUGGCGGACGGGCCGUCGGUGGCGCGGGAAACGGAGGUUGUGAAUGUGGCUCCAGGCACCGCCAGCGCAUUCACUGAUGUUGCGUACGGCACGUUCAUUCUGCGGAUUGUUUCCAGCGUGACUGGCGAUGUUGUGGCCGAGUCGGCUGGCGACAUCUCGCUCGGCGAUGGCGCAGUCAUGGUUGUUGUGCUGACGGGCGACUCCACCGCCAGCGACCCGGCUUCUCCAUUGAAGGUGACGACGUUUACGUACGUUGAGCCCAAAGACGUCUCGAUGAUGCUGCAGCUGCCUCAGUACAUUGUCAUGACCGCGGCCGAGGUCUUGUUCUCCAUCACUGGUCUCGAGUUUGCGUAUUCGCAGAGCCCGGCCUCGAUGAAGGCUGUCGCGACUGCGGCGUGGCAGCUCACCGUUGCCUUUGGCAAUCUGAUUGUCGUUAUUGUGGCCGAGUCCAGGCCUUUCGACAACCAGGCGUACGAGUUUUUCUUCUUUGCUGGCUUGCUGGCGGCGGUGACCAUCGUGUUUGCCUGGCUCGCUUCCAUGCACACCUAUGUCACCGUGCUCGACAAUGGCGACGAUUCGGACAAGCUCGACGACAAGUCGCCCCUGGCCACAUCCCGCUCCUCCACAGAGGAUUACGGCUCAGUGCCAACUUCAAAACUAUCCUUCAGCGAUGCUUAAAAGCCACAAAGAGCCCCCCCUCCCACUCAUUGCUUAUUCGUUUUUUGUUUCUUUCGAUCGAUGUGACGUACUCUGUGUGUGUUGCGUUAGUCCACCUUGUGAUUCCGUCUGUUGCAAGCGUGUUGGUUUUUUGAGUACGUUGAAAUACAUGCAUGA